ACCGAACCUGCAGAAAUCUGAGCAAGCAAGCAAUCAACAAAAUUUUGGAAAAUUUUUUUAAUUCUAAUUACUUAAUGUGCUAAUAAUAGCCAAUUGUGUUUUGUUUUUAAUUUAAAAGUUGGAUAAGCCUUGGUUAAACUAAAUAAUAUGGCAGGGCUUAAACAGAUUUCCAAAGUUUUGGUCGCCAACCGAGGAGAAAUUGCGUGUCGGAUUUUCAGAACUUGCAAGAAAUUGGGUAUUCGAACGGUAGGCGUGUUCUCUGAGCCAGAUGCAAAUUCACAACAUGUUCACAUGGCUGACGAAGCUUAUCUUAUUGGACCGGCUGCUUCUACAAAGUCGUACCUCAACCAAGAUAAGAUCUUUGAGGUUGCUAAACGUUCCGGAGCACAUGCGAUUCAUCCAGGAUACGGUUUUCUUUCAGAGAACUCUGAUUUUGCAAAAAAGUGUUCUGAUCGCCAACUAAUUUUUAUUGGACCUCCACCCCAAGCUAUUUUCGAUAUGGGGAUCAAGUCAAAGUCCAAAGAACUCAUGACUGCAGCUGGGGUACCAGUAGUGCCGGGAUAUCAUGGUCAAGAGGCUGCAAAUGAUAUGGAAGCAUUAAAAAAGGAGGCGUUGAAAUUGGGAUUUCCAUUAAUGAUCAAAGCUGUGAAAGGUGGAGGUGGAAAAGGAAUGAGAAUUGCGAGAACGGCGGAAGAAUUCCUAAGUCAAGCCCAAUCCUGCCAGUCAGAGGCUGAAAAAGCGUUUGGAGAUGGAGCUUUGCUUAUCGAAAGGUAUGUGGAAGCACCACGCCACGUUGAAGUCCAAGUAUUUGGCGACUCUCACGGCAACUGCGUCUACUUAUGGGAAAGAGAUUGUUCAGUUCAACGAAGACAUCAAAAAGUUAUCGAGGAAGCCCCCGCCCUCGGUCUCACAGCAGAAACUAGAAAAGCCAUUGGAACGGCUGCCGUCAAUGCUGCCAAAGCCGUGAAAUAUACUGGUGCAGGAACCGUUGAAUUUAUAGUAGAGGGUCAGGAUUUUUAUUUCAUGGAAAUGAAUACCCGGCUCCAAGUUGAACAUCCUGUCACUGAAGCAAUCACCGGUCUUGAUUUGGUACAGUGGCAGCUCUUGGUCGCAAUGGGCCAUGAACUUCCCAUUAAAAAUCAGGAUCAAAUUCCCGGUCCAUUCGGACAUGCCUUGGAAAUGCGAGUAUACGCCGAAGACACCGCCGCUGGGUUUGUCCCUGCGCCAGGAAAUGUGCACGCAAUGCGGGUUCCAGGUGGGGAUGCGCGUGUCGAAUCUGCAAUCAUUGAGGGGGACGAUGUCUCUGUCUUUUAUGAUCCUAUGAUCGCUAAACUCGUCAUUUGGGGAGAGAACAGAUCUGAAGCCAUCCGAAAAGCUGACCUGGCUCUGAGUCAAUUUAACGUUGGAGGGGUCGAAACUAACAUUGACUUUAUGCGGAGAAUCCUCCAAACGAAUGCUUUCCGCAAUACGAUCGUUACCACAAAAUUCAUUGAGGAAAAUCAUGACGAAAUCCUGGUGCUUAACGAACUGAGUGGACAACAACUUGCUUUGGCGACCAUGGCUCUCUCCGCCAUUCAAGAUUACGACAAGAGCGAAACCAUCGCCGGAAAGUUCCGCAUGAACUCUGACUACAAAACAAAAUUCAGUGUGAAGGACGGCGAAAAAAAGUUUGACAUUGGGGUAAUUUUCAACACGCAGGGGUCACAAAAGGUUUUUUCUAUCGGGGACGUAGGAGAAUGUCGGCUCAUUAGGGUUACAAAAUUGACUGAAAUGUUUGAGAUGGAGGUGCAAAUUGGGAAUAAGAGAGAAACAAUCACGGCAGCUUUGUCAGCAGAAAAUGUGUUGUCUGUAUUUACUCCGGACGGAUCCUUCAAAGUAGAAGUGCCAACUCUUGGGCCAAAGGAUCGUGUAGGGGAGUCUGGCGACACUGCGUCCGGAACUGUUGUUUCUCCAAUGCCAGGAACUCUGGAGAAAGUCUCUGUGAAGGAGGGUGAAAAAGUCACGAAAGGCCAACAACUUGGAACUCUUGUAGCAAUGAAGAUGGAGCACGUGAUCCGCUCUCCAUACGAUGGAACUGUGGAAAAGGUUCACCAAUCUAUGGGAAAGACUGUGGCUAAAGGAAGCAAUCUUUUCACUGUGACUCCGUCAGCUUAAGUCUUUCGAAAAUACGUUUCACUGCCAGCGGUGACUAAAAUCAUGAGCCUUUCCUUUAGCAGGCAACAAAGUGACAUGACAAUUAACAUAGACUGUAGAAAAUAUGUACUUCUAACACUCCAAAAAAUGAGAGAAAUUAUAUUUUGAAAAUUUCUAGCAUAGUCUUAAGAAUAUUUUAUUUGCUGAUAUUUUUAAGUGUAUCAAUCUUGUCAAAGAAUUAGCGACUUCAAAUGAGUGACUUGUUGGGGGAAGAUUAUGGAAUCUGAGUGCCAUAAAUAAAUGUCAUAGUUGGAAAAUUGUA